UUUCUCCGAGAGAACACCAAGCUUUCUAUUCUUUCCUCUUUGGUUUUUCAUAAGGAGAAAAUGCAGACCCUUUCUCACUGCCAAAAUCUUCAUAAUUCUUCUCCUCUAAUUCGAUCUUCCACGCCUCGGUUCCAUAAGCUGAUUCGGUUGGCCGUACGUUGCGCCUACCACUCUGACUCCGUCCAAUUCCCCAAUGGCGUCGGUUCGAGCCGGGCUGAUUGGCAAAGCUCUUGUGCCAUUCUCUCUAGUAAAGUCUUUUCCCAGAACCAAGAUUCCCACGACAUAUUUGAACCUUCCUCCGUCGCUUCCGCCGUAAACGGCUACAAAACCUCCUUGGAUCUCAACCUGGUCCCUCUCGACGAGAGCGACAAGCCUCAACCACCUUCGAGACCGCAUCUACAGAAGCCGUUAACCGUAACCGAUUUGUCUCCUUCUCCGAUGCACGGCUCUCAGCUGCGUGUGGCUUACCAAGGAGUCCCCGGUGCUUACUCGGAAGCUGCGGCGGGGAAAGCUUAUCCUAACUGCGAAGCCAUCCCUUGUGAUCAGUUUGAAGUUGCGUUUCAAGCGGUUGAGCUUUGGAUUGCUGAUCGAGCCGUCUUACCGGUGGAAAAUUCACUUGGUGGUUCGAUUCAUCGGAACUACGAUCUCCUCCUCCGGCACCGCCUCCACAUCGUCGGCUCUCUCUCAGUGUGAAAACACGAUCACCAAACUCGGCAUCAACGUCACGCGCGAAGCCGUCGAUGAUACCGCCGGAGCCGCCGAGUACGUAGCCGCGAACAACCUCCGUGACACUGCCGCAAUAGCAAGCUCACGCGCCGCCGAACUCUACGGACUCAACAUCCUGGCGGAUGGAGUCCAAGACGAUUCGAGCAACGUAACGCGUUUCGUGACGCUAGCUCGGGAGCCAAUCAUCCCGCGGACGGACCGGCCGUUCAAAACAAGCAUCGUGUUCGCGCACGAGAAAGGAACGAGCGUGCUUUUCAAAGUGCUAUCGGCGUUCGCGUUUAGGAACAUCAGCUUGACGAAGAUCGAGUCGCGGCCGCACCGGAACAGGCCAAUCCGGUUGGUGGACGACGCCAAUGUGGGAACGGCGAAGCAUUUCGAGUACAUAUUCUACGUGGAUUUCGAAGCAUCCAUGGCGGAUGUCAGAGCCCAAAACGCGUUGGCCGAGAUCCAAGAGUUCACCUCUUUCUUGAGGGUAUUAGGCAGUUACCCGAUGGAUAUGACGCCUUGGUGCCCGUCAACGGAAGAUCACCAAACCCCAUGAAAAUCAAAAUUAUAUUAAAAAAACAAAUAAUUUGCAAAA